ACGCACAACCCACACACACACAGACACACACACACACACACACACACACACAAACACACACACACACGCACACACAGACACAUCAACACUCGUUUUCUCUCUCUCUCUGUCUCUCGCUCUCUCGCUCCAUCCCUGCGGACUCCCACUCGCAUCCUUCUGUCUCCGCUCACAAGUCAGGGAGUGUUUGGAAGUGCGCACCGACCAUCUGGCUCAGUGCGCGCCGGCUCCCUCAAAGUGGUUUGUGCGCGCGCCGCGACGGACUGAGCGAAGCCGGGGGGUCCGUCCAAGUGUAUGCGGGUCUCUGCCUCGCUCGACCUAUCGCGCCCCUCCUCAGGAUCCGCGGGUCCUCUUCCUCGGCGACAGGCUCCCCAAACCAACCGGUCACCAUUUCCGCCCCCGGGAGACCCACGCUGGCCGCUCAGCCCCUUCCCCGACUCGGCAUCGGGAGGAAGACCCUGGUGGCGGCCGCCGUGGGGGUUAUGCUGGUUCUGGUCCUGGUGGUGCUCAUCCCCGUGCUCGUCAGCUCCGUGGGUACGGACCCCGGCCACUACGAGAUGCUGGGCACCUGUCGGAUGGUGUGCGACCCCUACCUGAACAAGGGCACCCCCAGUAGCAGCACCAGCUCCACGGGGCUGCAAGCCGAGGCGGAGGCGCUCAGCGACCACGGCAACAUACCGCCGCCCUCCACGCUACUGCAGGGACCGCAGGGGAAGCCCGGCAGGCCGGGGAAGCCGGGGCUGCCCGGGCCGCCGGGAGAACCGGGGCCGCCCGGGCCGGCCGGGCCUCCGGGCGACAGGGGGGACCAAGGAAAGACUGGAAUUUUGGGUCUCGGUGGAAACGGAGCUAUCAGCACGGCCACCUACAGCACGGUGCCCCGGGUGGCCUUCUACGCCGGCCUCAAGAACCCGCACGAAGGCUACGAGAUCCUUAAGUUUGACGACGUGGUCACCAACCUGGGCAACAACUACGACGGCGUCGCGGGCAAGUUUGUGUGCAGCAUUCCGGGCACGUACUUCUUCAUCUAUCACGUGCUGAUGAGAGGAGGCGACGGCACCAGCAUGUGGGCCGACCUCUGCAAGAACGGACAGGUUCGUGCCAGUGCCAUCGCCCAAGACGCGGACCAGAACUACGACUACGCCUCCAACAGCGUCAUCCUCCACCUGGACGCGGGGGACGAGGUCUACAUCAAGCUGGACGGCGGCAAAGCUCACGGCGGCAACAACAACAAGUACAGCACCUUCUCGGGCUUCAUCCUCUACGCGGACUGAGCGCACGUCACGGGAAAAAAGACAGUCCAGCUCAACUGAAGGAAAGAGUUGUGGGGUGGAGAGGAUGUGUGUUCCAGACCUUCUAGUUUCCUCCCUUCUUCUCUUCAUCAUCACGGACAACUUUCCGCUUCCUCCGGGCGCUGCGGCCGAGGCCUGGACACACUGGCAGAGGGGCGGGAGGUGCCGGGUGGAGUAGUGGGGGAUCGGAGAUCGGGCACGGUUCCAAGCACUCGCCGCCACAGCGCCAAUGUGUCGGAAGCUCCUCGCUAACAGCGUCUCUCCCUCCUUCCCUCUCUCUUCCUCCAUCCCUCUUUCCUCUCAUGGCACAAUGCAGACUGUCACACCUCUUCUCUCCACAGCCGACUUGACUGAAAUCCGUAGUGUUGUUGCGUGCAAUUUAAACCUUAGAUUGUGUUUUUAUUUGGUAGAGAUGCAUAAUAAUCCGCACUGAUUGACAGAUCGGGAAAAGAAAAAAAAAAGAUAAUAUCCUUGUCCCUUGUGAAGAGAUGUUGUUAUGGAAAACUACUCAUAUAUAGACCACACCCUUUCCACCGGCUGUUCGUACACACGCGAGGCAACGUCCUUCUGCUGCUCUCGAGGGCUCAUCAAUGUGUCUUCUACGUGUUCUAGUUCUAGCGAAGAACAAACAGAUUCGUAGCUAAAGAGCGAUCAUGAAAGAGAGGAUGAGUUUUGAGCAACACCGAUUGUCCUCCAUUCAUUAGCCGGGUCAAACGCUGACACACGUGUUAAUAUUUACUCAACAUGGCAGCCCGACCGCUCACCGCAGGUCUGUCGGACUGCACGUUUGUGUGUGAGCGUAUAUGUGUGUGUGUGUGUGUGUGUGAACGGUGUGCACGCACACCCACCACGAGCGCGUGCAUGGCAACAUGCGGUGCGUCAUAGCUCCAUGUUCCUCUCCGCGGUCGUCUCCUGUGUUCCAGCCGAUGAUAUUUUAUUUCGUGAGCCCAUGAUGAGAUUGUGCAACAGAUAUGAUGAGGAGGAGAAGACGAGGGGAAAAAAAAAAAAAAAAGCUUUUGAAUGAAUUCUAUGACAUGUUUGUCUAUCUUUUGGAAUUGUUAAAUACAUUUAAAUAAUAAAUGGGAUU